AGUGGCAAAAAGCUAUACUGUACCUUUAUCGAUUUUAAAAAGGCAUUUGAUACCGUCUGGAGAGCAGGUCUGUGGCAAAAAUUACAUAGCAGCAAUAUAAACGGGAAAUGUUUCAAAGUUAUCUAUAACAUGUAUAAUAAUAUUAAAUCCUGUGUUCAAUUCAACUCGAAAACGUCAGAUUUUUUCCCCUGCUUGAUCGGGGUUAGACAAGGGGAAAAUUUAUCCCCCUUUCUUUUUUCAGUAUUUCUUAAUGACAUUGAAAGUUAUUUUGCUUCUUUAAGUUGUGUUCCACUCGAAAAUGUACGGGAUAAGCUGUAUAAUGAACUACAUAUUUUUGUAGAAAUUUUUGUACUCCUAUACGCUGAUGACAGUGUCCUAUUUUCAGAAAGUCCAGAGGGACUGCAGAGUGCUUUGAAUGUAUUCCAGCAGUAUUGUAAGAUUUGGAAGCUUAAUAUAAAUGUAAAUAAAACAAAAGUCAUGGUUUUUCGCAAGAGGAAAAGUAAACAACAACAUGUAUUUGUAUUACAAAAUGAAAUUUUAGAAAUUGUAGAUAAUUUUACUUACUUAGGAAUAACAUUUAAUUACAAUGGCAGUUUUGUAAACGCAAGACGCAGAUUGAUCAACCAGGCCCAAAAGUCAAUAUUUGCUAUCUACAAAAAAAUCAGGAACCUUUCUCUUCCUAUAGAUUUACAAUUAAAACUAUUUGAUUCUUUAGUGGAACCGAUUCUAUUGUAUGGAUCGGAUGUAUGGGGAUUCGAAAACCUGAAAAUAAUCGAACAGAUUCAUCUCAAAUUUUGUAAAAGAAUUCUUAAAGUGAGAUCCACAACGCCUAAUUUUAUGAUUUAUGGCGAGCUAGGUCGUGUGCCAUUGGAAAUAAAUGUUAAACUAAGAAUGUUAGGUUUUUGGAAUAGAAUAAUUAGUAAUGAAAACAAACUCAGCAGCAUAUUACUACGACUAGCUUUACAUAUGCAAAACGAUGAUACUCUUCAGUUCAAAUGGAUUAACUAUAUAAAAGGUAUUUUCAAUGAAACGGGAUUUUAAAACAACGGCUUAACGAUCACUUUGUACAGCAAUGGUUCGAUGACAUUACUAGCUCAUCUCGUGGGCAGUUCUACACUCUAUUUAAAACGGAAUUUGGUCUAGAAAAAUAUUUAUUAAAUCUGCCAGAACAUAUCAGAACACCAAUAACAAAACUGCGCACCUCGAAUUUGAAGUUUCCAAUUGAAACAGGUAGAUGGUAUAACAUACCCCGAGAUAAUCGACUAUGUAAUUUGUGCGCGGAAAGUGUCGGAGAUGAAUUUCAUUAUAUAUUUGAAUGUAAUAAUAUAACUAUAUCCACCUUACGUAACAAAUAUAUUCCCCGU